AUGAGUCACCGCUUCGGCUGCUUCGGCGGCCAUGUUUACGCUGUUCAAAAGAAGGCCUGGAUGGACAAACGGGUGUGGGCUUUCUACCUGCGUUCGCUCCUCCACGACUACAUUUCCUAG